AUGCCUCUCGUGACCAUUCAAGCACCUCUGACCUGUCCUUGGCAAAAUUCUACUCUUGUCGCCUACGAAUCCACAGAAAACUCUUCGUUGAAGGAACACCAUGUUUCUCAAAUGAAAUGGUACUCUUUUGGAAAACCUGAAAUUGUGUGGAACAACCAAGUCCAUUCCCAAAAAACAUUCUAUCAUGUGGAAAAAUUGCCAUUUAAAUUCGUUCUGUAUGUGAAAAUGGCUCUCUCAGAAGAGGAGAAGAAAGUUAUUGCACUUCAAGCUUCUCAUGAAAGUGGUGCUUCCAGUGUUGGAAAGGUUGUCGAUCCGCAACAGAUCAAAACUCUUAUUUGUGAUGAAAUUACUGGAAAGAUUGAGUUGGAGAUUGAUGGUGUUCGGCAUGUGCUGACUGGUCGAGUUCAAAGUGUGCUUCAAAACAAUCCAUGUGAAUUGGAAUUUCCAAUUAUGGAUCGUGUAGUAUUGGAAGAACUUGAGAAGAGAGUACUCGAUACUACCGGUAUCAGCGUGACCUUAUUCGUUGCGUUCAACGGAACAAGGGUAAAAGAGCAAUCCGUUCAAAUGACCAGUGACAACUCUGCCAUUACCACUUUAAUGGAUGACGUUUUUGGAAAAGGUCAAGAAGUGUUAGUCACUCGAAAUCAAAUGAGUGAAAUUUCACAUCGACUGUUCCACAGUUUGACCAUCUUGGAAGAGUACAAUUGUUUGGACGCCAAAGAGUUUGAAAAAGAAUUCCUUCAACAUUUGAUAGGAAUGACCAAUUUUCAAAAUCAGAUCCAGACAGAUUUUACAGAAUUGGGCCUUUUGAGCUUGAGCAAGUAUGGACUCAAUGUGAAGGGCGAUUUUACAGCUGACACCAUUCGCAAGUCCUUGGAACGAACUUUUACUCGAGAGAAGCGUGACACACAUGAUUACAUUAAGGUCAAUUUAGAGAAUCAGAAUAGUGGAACUGAGCAUUCCAGUUUCGACGCUGAGGUGAGCGUUGGAUGUGGUCUUACAAGUGUAGAUGCAUCUAUGGCCAUGGAACAAUCCAAAUCUUGGGCCAACAGUGAUAAGAGUUUGAACGAGCAAUUGAAUGAACUGAAUACUCUUAUGGAGAAAAAAGUGAGAUUUGAGUUUGAGGGUGAGAAAAUAGUUCCAAAAUCGAUUGCUUUGCAAAGACUUCAAAAAUCAUCAUUGGUGAACUUUGUUUCCUUAACGUACCGCAAGAGAAAAUUGUUUGAAGGAGGUGAAAAAUUAAUCUACAAAUUGAACACAAGCGAUGUGUUAAGCCAAAUUUCACCUAAUGAAAUAGUGACCAAGUUAUUGAUGAAAGACACAAAUCAUGUGGUCAUUUACGGUUUGGUUGAGCAAUUAUUCCAGCAACUAGCGAAAGUUGAGAAGGAGCUGAAACACCAACUUCGAUUGAAUGUUCCUAUCGGGGCUAUCAAACUAUUUUCAGGCCAUGUCGAACCAGAGGGUUGGAAAUGGUGUGAUGGUUCAGUAUUGAGUUGCUCCUCCUAUCCAGAUCUGUUUGCAGUCAUUGGUACGACCUUUGGAGGAGAUGGUGUUUUAAAUUUUGCUCUUCCUGACUUACGAGGGAGAGUUCCAGUGGGUGCUGGACAAGGAUCAGGUCUGACAGAUCGCAAGUUAGGUCACAAAGGAGGUACGGAAGCAGUGCAAUUAUUCAUCCAACACAUGCCAAAGCAUGCUCACAGUGGAAACACUGGAAAUGAAAGUAAUGGGCAUACUCAUAGACAACACGCGGUUGCUAACUUCAAUCAUGGUGGUAAUGGAAUUCGAACCACUUACACCGGUGAUGGACAAGGUGCCUUGGCGUAUGAUACUGGUGUGGAUACUGGUGGCAAUCAUCAACCUCAUACCCAUACUGUUGCUACAGAAGGAGGUGAUCAAGCACAUGAAAAUAUGCAACCGUUUGUCAAUAUAAAUUUCAUGAUCAAGUGUGUUAAGUAA